GAUUCCACUGCUGAAUUUUUAACGCUGUUGUGGAACUUUUUUUAUCAGGCGGGUUACUGUGGCACCGGCGUCCAGUUACACUGACAGAGACAGGGAGACAGGGUUCACUUCAUUUUUGUUGUUUACUUGGGCUGGACUUACACACACACUGCAUGGCGUGCACGGGUAGCCCUGUGCUGGUGGUGUCACCAUAGCAACAUGACCCUUAACACUCAAAGAGAGAAGGAGCCCCUGCGGCGUCGAGGCAGCACGCCGAUCCCGCCCUUUUACAAGCAGCUAUCAGGGCCUCGGGACCCUCGACUGUCUGCAAGCACCCAGCCUGACUCGGGCCACUCUGGUCCACCUCGCCACCCUCCUUUAGGACAAUCAGCAUCCUACCAUCCUGGAGACAAGUCCCUUAAUUACCGCGCCCACUGGAGCUCAGACUCAGAUGACGAUUCGCAGAGCGACUCGGACUGUGUUUACAGGGUGGUGUUGCUGGGCGACCACGGUGUCGGAAAGACCAGCCUCGCUGGAAUCUUUGCUGGAGUCACAGAGAAAGAUGAACAACCAGGAGAGAACACAUUCGAGCGGAUCCUGACAGUAGACGGAGAAGAAACGACUCUGAUUGUCAUGGACACAUGGGAGAAUGACAAACUGGACGAGGGUGACCCGCCCUCUCAUGGUGACUGUCUGAAAGUGGGAAGUGCUUACGUCAUUGUCUACUCUGUCACCGACCGCUCGAGUUUUGACUCGGCCGCGGAGCUCCGCAUCACGCUGAGGCGAACUCGACAAGCUGAAAACAUUCCCAUUAUCCUAGUGGGAAACAAGAGUGACCUGGUCCGUGCCAGAGAGGUCGCUGUGGAAGAGGGCCGUAAUUGUGCGGUGGUAUUCGACUGUAAAUUCAUCGAGACAUCUGCAUCUCUGCAGCAUAAUGUGUCCGAGCUGUUUGAGGGCGUGGUGAGACAGAUCCGUCUGAGACGGGACAGCAGCGAGGUCACAAAGCACAGAAACUCUAUCUACAGACGAAAAGAGAGUCUCACCAAGAAGGCUCGGCGCUUCCUGGACAGACUGGUAGCCCGCAACAACCAGCGCAUGGCCGUCAAAGUGCGCUCCAAGAGCUGCCAUGACCUGGCUGUACUGUGAGGACGCGCUUCCAUCAGCAGUUUGAUUUAGGCUCAUUGAAGUCUAUCUGGUUGUGUCUGCUGUGUCUGCGCAAUCAGGAAAAAACAACCUCAGACAAAUCAAUCGGGGGAACUGAAUAAACACACGAACAUCUUCCCACUGUGAUCAGAACAACCAGCUCGUUCCAGACUUUUACUGUUUUGUGUCCGACUGUUGCAGUUUUUCCUCCUGACCUCAAGGUGAACGUGCAGGAUGGAAUGGGAUGUAUCGAUAUAGUGUGACUUAGCUGGUUUUAAAGUGUUUGAAUGUUUGAUUUUUUCAUCAGUGAGGAUGAGGUUUUUUUUUUUUGGUGUGUGACUUUAUUCUGAGAUUUGUUUGAGUUUGAGUUCAAUGUGCAAAAUAAAAUUUUAAAUAAAUACUUUUUUGUCAAUGAGAA